CUUGCUUUCUUUCCUUCCUUCUUUCCUUCCUUCCUUCCUUCCUUCCUUCCUUUUCUUUCUUCCUUACCAUAUCAUAUCGCUCUCAUAUAUCAUCCGUCCAUACACACACACACUCCCCUUCGCUCUCUUCUUCUUCCCCUCCCAUCUUCAGCUUCUCUCCACUCCUCUCCCCUCCCCUUCGCAUUCCCUCGUACAGCAUCCACCUGUCGUCAGCAACUGCAGCCAACUUCCUUUCUCCAGCAGUUACUGUUCCUUCCCCCCACCCUCCUCCACCCUCUCUUUCUCCACGAUAAAAAAGCCUUUCCAAAUGGGUGACAGUCCGUGCUUUGCCAUCCCCCACUCCCACUCCCACUCCCCCUCCGCCUUCCAGCACCCCCAUCAGUUCACCGGGAACCUGGCCCAGCCCCGUCUACCCUACCAUCACCAGCGCCCCUUUCACAACAACAAUCCCAACCAUACCAUGGACACCCCUCGCUCGACGCUGAAACGUAAGCCGAGCGAGGAUAUCGACAGUCCUAUGCCCUCGUCCGGGCCACCCUCGCCCUCGGACAACAGCAGUGACAGCAGCAGCCAUGAACAGGCCAAGGUCAAGCGAGUCCGGACGACGGCGGAAUUGAUCUCCAAGCAGAAGGGUGUGUCCAAGCUGAUUGCCACGCUCUCGACCUCACAGCUCAUUAACCUCGUCGGGACCCUCGUUGACAGCCACCCUUCACUCGCAGAGGAAAUCGCCAAUCUCGUGCCCCGUCCCACCGUUGCCUCUGUCCAACCUCUGCUCACCUCAUUAGAGACAAAGCUGCAGGCAGCCUUCCCCUACACCAAGUGGGGCCCCGGCCGAGAUGACUAUUCGUUCAACAGAGUCAAGCCUGCUCUGGAGGAACUUGUCGAAGCACUCAUGGACUAUACCAAUCACUUCACUUCACCACCAGAGUUCCCGACAACUUCGUUCUCCUUCCUUCACAUCGCCACCGAGUUCUGUCAUCGACUCCCGAACUGGGACAAUGCUGCCAACAAUGAGCUAAAGACGAAUCUUUACAAAUCGUUGGAAGAAUUUUGGAUCAAGGCCAUUCGGGAUGCCAACAGCAAGCUGGAGGAUGGCAAGAUCUAUGGCCAGAUGACCGUCCAGGAGUGGGCAAAAAAUUUGGAGCAGCACAACAUCACAUCUCAAGGACGAUUUUCAACUGCGAUCGAGGAGUUCAAGGCGAAACUUGGCUGGAUCAUCGGCAUUCAACCUUCGGCCAACCAUAAUAACAAGCAGUAACAUCGAGGAGUGUCUCAGUAAACCACGGCAACCGUAGCAGCAUUGAUCGGUGUGGUCGAGCUGGAAACAAUGCGUAGGGCGGGGGCUGGAUCCCCACAUCUUUUCCUCCGAUUUCAACACAAGGAGUUCCUGGAUCGACUGUCACCAUCAUCGCCCAACCAUUUGUAAAUAUCAACAAUAUCCAAACCAUUGCUCCUCCUUCUUCUUCAUCACUCUCUUAUUGCUGUCAUCAUUUUUCUUUCUUUCUUCAUCUGUAGUUUUCAGUCCUAGAUUGACUGCUUGCUUGCUUUGUUUUCUAUUUUUCAGCUUCUGUUCUACUAGUAUUUUCAAUCAUACAUUGCUUCAUUCCCAUGUUCUUUUACCAUCUGUCCUCUAUAUGUUGUUAAAAAUAAAUAAUAAAGCAUCUAUUUCUUCUAA